GCUUGGUCGGUCCAUUAUUAGACUUUUUACCAUCACGUGUUGGAGGUGGCCAUUUGAAUAGAGAUUCUAAUAUCAAAAUGUCGUUUUGAAAAAACAAUUUGACUGAACAUAAAACGUUUUUUGCUGAAUUUUGAGUGCAUGAAUACUAUUCUAACACGGAACUCGAUAACGAUGGUGAAUAACGAAAUGUGUGGAGUACUGGAGUGUAUUAACUCGUGAUAUAUGGUUUAAAAAAAUUGUGGGGGUGUUAUAGUAUAUCCCGGUUCCAAAAACACAAGGUGGUAUUAAUGAAUCAUUAUCGUUCACGAGUGGGCAAGGAAAAAAACAAACCAAACGCUUGUAAUUUUGAGUCAUUGUGAGGAAAUCGGCUCUUGUAUUUGUGAACUUAUAUUUUUUCCGCUGAAAAACGGCUUUAAUUGGAUGUAUUGUAUAUAAAUUACGCUGAGUUGAAAAUCUACAUACAUGCGGGUGUCCGUUGUGGAACCAUGCGAAUUCAACCCUGUUAAGUUGUAUGUGCUUACUCAGCAUAUAACGUGAACUAAGAUGGGAAAAAUACGGACCAUUCUGAUAUGUAGUAUAGUUUUAGUAGUAAUUUUACCUUUAAGUGGCGGAAAUUUUUUGGAAUGGGGACCGGAUUUAGAGGGACCCUGGUGCGCUACUAGACCCGUAGAACAAUGUUGUCCCGGACGGGAUGAUAAAUGUACUGUACCUAUAUUGGGAACUGUGUGUUACUGUGAUAUAUUUUGUAAUGAAACUGCCGAGGAUUGUUGCCCGGAUUUCUGGAAUCUAUGUUUGGGUGUAACUCGCCCGACACCCUGGCCAGUAACUACUUUAGCUACAACUAGCAGACCACCAGUAAAUGUUUUAGCUAGUUGUAUAAAAGAUGGUAUAGCGUAUAAUCCAGGCUCUGUUUUAGAAGACAACUGCAAUAAAUGUAAAUGUUUAUAUUUAACUAAUCCUUAUGCAAGAUAUGAAUGGAAUUGUACCAAUCAUGUCUGUAUGUUACAACCUGAUCUUAUACGUGACGUCAAUGAAGGCUUUCUCAGUUGGAAUGCUGGAAACUAUUCUGAUUUCUGGGGGAUGACGUUGAAUGACGGCGUAAACUAUCGACUAGGAACAUUUCCUUUAGAUAGUAAAGUUGCCAGGAUGACAUCACUCAGAGUUCAACUAGAUGAAGUACUUCCGGAAUCAUUCGAUGCGCGUGUCAAAUGGAAGGGUCUUAUUAAUCCUGUAAGAGAUCAGGGUAACUGUGGUGCAUCAUGGGCUUUCUCAACUACCGCCGUGGCAUCCGAUCGUUUAGCUAUAGAAUCAGAAGGUGCUAUAAAAGACGAGUUAUCAUCUCAACAUAUGAUAUCAUGUAAUAUUGGCAAACAGAAGGGUUGUAAAGGUGGUAACCUAGACAGAGCUUGGUGGUAUCUUAGAAAAGUUGGAGUUGUAACUGAAGAAUGCUACCCAUAUACAAGUGGAUUUAACAAUGAUCCAGGUGUGUGUUUGAUAUUGAAAAAACAAAAGAAUGGAACGUGUCCAAGUAAGAUUGCUUAUAAAGACAGCCGACGUUAUAGGGCAACACCACCAUACAGAAUUGCCCCAAUUGAGAGAGAAAUUAUGAAAGAGAUAAUGGAUAACGGACCUGUUCAGGCGACAUUUAUUGUGAAACAAGAUUUUUAUAUGUAUAAAAGUGGUAUUUAUCGAUAUUCCAAUCUGACCUUAGAUGAUGACCCCGAACAAAGUAACACAGGAUAUCACUCCGUUCGAAUAGUUGGAUGGGGUGUAGACAGAACAAUAGAUGGCGAUAUAUUUAAAUACUGGAUCUGUGCUAAUUCCUGGGGUACCAAGUGGGGUAAAGAUGGCUACUUUAACAUACUGAGAGGAUCUAACGAAUGUGAAAUUGAAAAGUACAUUGUCGGUGUUUGGGGUAAGAUUUCUGGUGACGCUGCUCUCAGGCGUCUGCUCAGCAGAACUCAACGACGUCGUCUGCGAGGUGAAAAGAAUCUUCGAAAUCUCCGCCAUCCACGGAGAUCGGGUCGGAAGCGACGUAACAGAAAAAAUCGUGGAGGAAAGAAAAAGAAUAAGAGUAAGAAAAACCGACGAAAACGGAAACAAAUGAAAAGCGAAAGUAGUUAAUUGUUAUUGUAUAUCUAGUCUUUUAUAUUGUUAUUCUUUAUUAUAAUAUACAUUGCAUAUAUUGCAGCAUUAGUUUACUUAUAUAGAUUAUAUUUGUUAUUAAUUCAAAGUAUUGUAAUAGUCGUAUUUGUAAAUACUUUUAUAGGUUAUAGCAUUUAUGUAUAAUUAUAACGACGUCAAUUUAUAAGGCAAAAGAAAGAAAUUAAAACUCACUUUAUUACACGACAAUUUAUUCAUAGGGCUGCAGAAAGUUAUUAUUUUUUUCAAGCAAAACUUGAAUAAUUUUAACGAGAUUAGUUUUAGAGGAAAAGAAGAAACUAAAACACGAUAUUUUUCAGGAAAAGUGUCUUAUAUUUACGACAUAUUAUUCAUAGGGCAACAGACAGAGAUCGAAUGAUAUUAUUUUUUCAAGUAAAACUCAGUGUAUAAUUUUAACUACAUUCAUUCUUUGGGCAAUAGAAAGAAAGUAAAACUGUUAUUUUUCAGGAAACACGUCUUUUAUUAAAUGACGUUUUAUUCUUAGGGCAACAAAAAAUGAUUGAUUACGUUGUUGGGCAUGAUAUUUGUUUUUCAAUCAAAACCCGUGUAAAAUUAUAAAGAAAUUAAUUCAUAAGGAUACAAGAAUGAAAUUUACACGUGCUAUUUUCCAAGAGAAUUAUCUUUUAUUUAAACGAAAAUUUAUUCAAAUGACGACAGAAAACGAUCGAAUACGAUGUUGUUCACAAGAUAUUGUUUUAAACAUAAAACACGUGACUAAAGUAAGAUGGUCGACCAGUUUUCAUUUUACUACAAGAAACCAAAUAAACUUAAUAUCCACAAAGGUGUGGCACUUUGUGUUGUUUUUUUAGUAUCAUACUCAGUGAUUUUCGGCAAAACGAGCAUUAUCGAUAAAGUUUCGUGAGAUAUUUGGGUACAUCUAAUCGUAUAGACGCGAAUACAAACUUACAAUGCAAAUAUAGUGACAAAAGUGUGCAACACGAUAUUAAAGGGACAAUAACACUCUUGCUGGCUUCACAGCUCCAGAAAAUAAAAAAAUAGCCUUAUUCUAAGUACUAGAUGUGUUAGUGUCCUACCUGUUGUAUAAAUUAUCCAUUAAAUCCUAUUUUACUUGUCCAGAGGGUUCAAAAAUAUUUUUAAAUCCAAGUAAAAUUUGAAAAGCUUUACGUCAGGCUUUUCAAAUCAUUUAGUUGAAUUUUUCCAAUUUUUUAAAUUAGGUGUGUUAAGAUGAAAUUUAUAUCAUUAAUUAAUUGGAAUAUUGUAAAAUAGUACAAUUUGUUGACCAGAAUAAAGAUUGGGACAUAUUAUUCAGUUACAACAAGAGUGGUAUUGAGCCUUUAAAGUAUACAUUUAAUGAUAAAAAUACAAGUUUGGAAGACAACGAUUUUAUAUAUUUAUGUUAAUAUAUAUUUAAUCUACCAAAGAUAUUCUUUAUAGAUAGAAUUUUUGUGUAU